GUGGACAUCUCUGUGGCUUCUCGAUAUCCCGUGUCGCAGGAAUCGGCAAUGAGAAGCACCACACCCCCACCGCUUCAAUCCAGGGGCUGCGGCGACCUGGGCUCGGUGACUCGGCCUUCCGCGUCAUCCAGAGGGACAGGCGGCGGUGCCAGGCCGGCCCACAUGGAUUUCAGCAGCCCGACGGCCGGCGUGCAGUGCUGCCCCGAAUCUCGCUCGCCUUCGAGACACCGCCGAUGAUGCCCAAGAAAUCCGCCAGAUCCUCGGACGCCGACCAGCUCAAGGGCCUCCAAAAUAGCUUUGCGGCUCUCGCUGUCCAAGACGAGCAGCUUGUGGAGGAGCAACAUGACGAGAACGGAACUGCCGAUGCAACAGACAACACCACGCAGUCGUCCAGAUCGCCAGUCGUCGAUGAGCUCCGAGCACAGAUCCUCGAGCUUGGUGCGCUUCCCCGCGGCAACCGACAGGACCUCCAAAAGCAGCUGCGGAAGCUGCAAAAGGCCAGGAAGGCCGAGGAGGAGCUCACCGAGAAGGCCCGGCAUGUCCAGAACAUAAAGGACCAGCAAGACCGAGUUGCUCGCAUCGAGCGCGGCUGGACCGACCAGGACUUUGCCCGCAGCGACGAGGUUGCCGAGGCCCUUCGCCAGCGAAUGAAGUUGGAGCUGCAGAACCCCGACUCUGACGACAACAGUGGUUUCGUGCGCCAGCCCUAUCGAUACUACUGCGUCUUUGAUGUCGAAGCCACAUGCGAGAAAGACGGUGGCCGAGAUUUUCCUCACGAGAUCAUCGAGUUUCCUGUCGUGCUGAUUGAUGCUCGGACGCUCGAGAUUGUCGAUCACUUCAGAGAGUAUGUCAAGCCCAGGAUCUCUCCCAUUCUGUCGGAAUUCUGCACCACGCUGACGGGCAUCACCCAGGAUCUUGUGGAUGUCGCAGAGCCAUUCGAGACGGUGCUCCACCACUUUGAGAUGUGGAUGGUCAACUUUAUGCCCUAUCCGUUCGAGGACGCACUCUUUAUCUGCGACGGGCCGUGGGACAUUCGUGACUUUGUCCGCAAGCAAUGCACGAUCAGCAAGCUCUUUCCGCCGCCGUACUUUCACCAGUUCAUCAACCUGCGGCGCAAGUACCAGCUGUUCUACAAUCGGACAAAGUGCAAUCUGAGCCAGAUGCUGGCCGGGCUGGAGAUGAGGUUCGAGGGCCGCGAGCACUGCGGACUGGACGACUCGCGCAACAUUGCCCGCAUCGCUCUCCGGAUGAUGAACGACGGGUGCUACAUGUCACCGAAUUACGACUCUACCGCCAAGAAGGCGAAUGCGUCUCUGCAGAGCCUGCGAUGGUACGAGAUCGGCGAGACGACCAAGAGCAUCAAUGCCCAGCGUGGAUGAGACGGCGGACAUCUGAAGCAAGCGAUCGUGCGUGCAAGUGCGCAGGUGUGCAGGCAGAACUACUUUGGAUGAGCCAACACCGCCUGUUGCGGAAUGUGGAUCUGCAAAUGGAGCGAAUGUAACCAAAUUGGAAUUGAAAUUGAACCUGAAAUUGGAAUUGAAAUUGGGAUUGAAAUUGAAA